AUGUCAGAGAGAGUUUCAUGUUUUGAUAAAAUGAAAGGAAAAGGCGGUCAAGAAGUCACUUCAAACUCUGCAGGCUUAGAUGAUCUCUCUCUUGACUUAAAGCUUUUCAACAACAAUCAAACUGAUCAUCCUGCAUUGAAUCUUGAACUCAACUUGCUCGAUCGCCUUGAUGCAGGCUCCUCGAAUGUGUUGGAGUCUUCUGACAAUGAGAGUAAUUUGAACAAGACUGAGAAGACAAAAUUUUUUGUAUGCAAAUAUUGCGACAAGAAGUUCUCGAACUCUCAGGCAUUAGGGGGGCACCAAAAUGCUCAUAAAAAAGAACGGGCAGCAAUGAAAAGAGAAAAAGGACUCGAGAAUCUGGUCCCUAUUAAUCAAAACCUGGCUAGCCAUUACCCAUAUUCACCCUUGGCUGCUGCACCAAGUUUCUCUAAUCAUUAUGGAUCACCUCUUGGUGUUCACUUCAACUCUUUCAUCCAUAAACCGCAUCAUGCAUUUUCUCAAUCUCGAUGGUCUUUGCCGGAAUAUGCCAUGCAAAGAGCAGGUGAUUAUGUGGUUCCUCUAGAUGGUAGAGGAUUUCAAGUCCAGCAGAAGAACCCAUUUGGUAUGUUUGAAAGUUCUUUAAAUGGGAAUGGCAUGUUAAGAAACUCUUUAAAUGGGAAUGACAUGCAUGGAAGCUCUUUAGUUGAAAAUUCAGAGGCUGGAACAAGCAAAUUUGGCGGCUCUGGAGGGGUUAAUAAGUAUCAGUAA